UUAAGACCAGCCCUCAUCCCCUGGUGUGUUUGCUCUACUGUAGGCGGCCUUCUAGCGUCUCCACUGAUAAAAGAAAAGGCGGCCAUUCAUGUUGUUGGACUACUGUUGCAGGUGUUGUGGGUAUUGUGGGUCUACUCUGAAGCGCUAUGGCCCAACAUCAGUCAAGAUCAAGACCAACGUCAGUGAAACAUGGAUUGUUCUCCAGAACUUGCUGAUGUGCAUAAUAUCCUUCUAUGCUGUUUACUACAUAGUGGUCAGUCUCUGCAUUGGUAUUCUCAGGGUACAUGAGGUUGACAGCCUUUUAGCACCCUUUGACUACACAACACAGCCAUCAUGGCAAAGUCCAAAAUACCUAGUGACAGUGAUCUCCAUGGAGCUGACCUAUCUUUUGGGAGGCCUGAUAUUUGCGUGGAUUGUCGAGGAGUGGGUGUGGGACUACGCCAUCACAGUCACACUAAUCCACAUUGGUCUGACGGUAGCAGUUAUGUCUGAUUUCCCGUCAACAGAACAUUAUUGGAUUGCCCUUGGUUCUGGAUUGGUGAUGAUGAUUUUCGGAGGCCAACUUGUAGCAUAUAAGCUCUUCAGGAAUAAUUUUGUGUAUCCGGAUGAGCUCCAACAUUUCUAAGAAAAAUAUUUAGCUUUUCUUCUACAAAAUGAUGUAGGGUCAAAUAUUUUUUUAUAUUCAGUUUUUUUGUAUUACACAACUUUGGUACUCUGUAAAUCCACACAUUAUAUUUUGCAAUUAAAGGUUGUUUGGAAGGAAUAGUUGGGAAUAUGGGGCGACAGGGUAGCCUAGUGGUUAGAGCAUUGGACCGAAAGGUUGCAAGUUCAAAUCCCCGAGCUGAAAAAUCUGUUGUUCUGCCCCUGAACAGGCACAGGGGCACACUGUUCCUAGGCCGUCAUUGAAAAUAAGAAUUUGUUCUUAACUGACUUGCCUAGUUAAAUAAAGGUAAAAUAUAUAUUAAACACUUCUUGCCAACAAUGUUCUUGUUUUUGUGUAUCUUGUUCCAUGCCAUUGGAAAUAAUAAGGAAUCAUUUACUCUUUUUAGAUAUGGAAUAAACACAAGUGUUAUUACUGUGUUAUUACUGUAACAAAGUGAUAUUACUGUGUUAUUACUGUAACAACAUGUUAUUACUGUGUUAUUACUGUUACAACGUGUUAUUGCUGUGUUAUUACUGUAACAAAGUGUUAUUACUGUAACAAAGUGAUAUUACUGUGUUAUUACUGUAACAAAGUGUUAUUACUGUGUUAUUACUGUAACAACGUGUUAUUACUGUAACAAAGUGAUAUUACUGUGUUAUUACUGUAACAAAGUGUUAUUACUGUGUUAUUACUGUAACAACGUGUUAUUACUGUAACAAAGUGAUAUUACUGUGUUAUUACUGUAACAAACCGUUAUUACUGUAACAAACUGUUAUUACUGUAUUAUUUCUCUAACAAUGUGUUAUUACUUAUAACAAAGUGUUAUUACUGUUAUUACUGUAACAGAGCAUUAUUACUGUGCUAUUACUGUAACAAAGUGUUAUUACAUUGACAUUUUAGUAAUUUAGCAGACACUCGUAUCCAGAGCGACUUACAGGAGCAAUUAGGGUUAAAACAAAGUGGUAUUAGUGUCUUAUAACACAUUACCUAAUUAAAACACUAAGGAACCUUAGGGAUAGCACAGUGGUGAUUGUUAUUAAGCCUGAGCAUCUGUUGUCUGUUAAAGCCCUUGGGAUUAAGAAUGCUUAGAAUUACUGAGGCAGUAGCGAGCAGUCAGUCAGUCGCUCCUCCUUACUAUUUUGAAUGGUGUCAUUUCAGUACUGAAGCGCACAUCCACCUCUUGAACAGGUCAGUCUGCUGAUCAUUACAGUCUGCAAUACUGACCCUAGUCACAGUUGUAAUCCCAGUGACCCCAUAUUUACACAGACACACCCCAGACAGUGAAGUAAA